ACCGCGUGGUAUGUUCCUUUAUGUAGAUAAUAAUUUUUCAACACUCAUUUGUUUGUUUACUUGCGGUUAAUUAUUGUUUAAUUAUUUGUAAGCAUGAAGAUCGCCGUCGAAGGAUGCGCUCAUGGAGAGCUAGAUAAGAUAUAUGAAACUAUCGAAUUGUUGGAGAAGAAAAAUAAUAUAAAAAUAGAUAUGUUGUUAAUUUGCGGCGAUUUUCAAUCUGUACGUAAUCCUGCUGAUCUAGAGUGUAUGGCUGUCCCUCCCAAAUAUAGGACCAUGAAUUCGUUUUAUAAGUAUUAUUCUGGUGAAAAAGUAGCGCCAGUAUUAACCAUUUUUAUUGGAGGAAACCACGAAGCCUCAAACUAUUUAUCUGAACUUCCAUACGGAGGUUGGGUGUGCCCUAAUAUUUUUUAUAUGGGAUAUGCUAAUGUUAUCAAUGUUGCUGGAGUGAGAAUAGCUGGGCUAUCAGGUAUUUAUAAAGCUCGGGAUUAUUUACGUGGCCAUUUUGAAUCCCCACCAUAUAAUGAAUCUUCAAAGAAAAGUAUCUAUCACGUUAGAAAUCUCGAUGUCUUCAGACUGAAGCAGCUACAAAAUCCUGUUGACAUUUGUCUUUCCCAUGAUUGGCCUACUGGUGUAUAUAAUUACGGGAACAAAGAAGAACUUCUUCGGUGGAAACCUUUUUUCAGGGAGGAAAUGAAGACAAAUAAGCUAGGAAGCCAGCCAGCAGAAGAAUUAUUAAGGAAGUUGAAACCAUCUUAUUGGUUUUCUGCACAUUUGCAUUGCAAGUUCUCAGCUAUUGUACCACAUGAUGACCAGUUAAGACCCGAAACAAAAUUUCUGGCACUAGAUAAAUGUUUGCCAAGGCGUAGUUUUCUGCAGGUUGUAGAUAUUGAGAGCAAAAGUGACACAGUUCAAAUUGAAUAUGAUGCUGAGUGGUUAAGCAUUCUGCGAAGUACUGAUCAUCUUCUGAGUGUAUCAAAUAAAGCCUCUUAUAUGCCUGGUCAAGGAAGUGAAGAGAGAUGGGACUUUAGACCAACUGAUGAGGAAAUUCAGUAUGUGAGGAAAUUAUUUAAUAAUGAUUUCACUGUACCAGAAAAUUUCUCUGUCACUGCUCCAACUUAUAUUCCAGAGCAUCAGUGCUCAUCUGAUUUUGUUUUAAAAACUUAUAAUAAUCCUCAGACAGAGAUUUUCUGUAAAAAUUUAAGUAUAACAGAUCCAUUAUCUAUUGUUCUUAAUAAAUCAAGAGAUAGUUUUUCAAUUAGUGACUUCUGUGCUACAGAUACUGAUAUGAGUUAUCAGUCUACUAAUCCAGAAGAAAUUUCUAUGGAUGAAGAAGAAGAUGAUGAUAUACCUAGUGAAGUUUCAAAAGCUGAUAUGGAUAUUGAACCUUCUGAUGAUUUUAUUAUUGACAAAGUAGGCUCACGGCCAGAUAGUCCAAAUUCAGAUGACUUUGUUAUUGACAAGACAAGAUCACAAUUUGAGAUUCUGGAAACAGAUGAUUUUUUUAUUGAUAAAGUAGGUUCAUUAAAUAAUGAUGUGUCAAGUGAUUUCAUAAGAAAUUCUACAAGUUCUCAAAAUCUUUGUAGUACCCCAAUUUCUAAGACAGAAUAUCAUUCCAAGCCAGUAGAAAUCAUUGCUUUUCCAGAAAUUAGAGAAGAAAAUAUUUGUAUUGAUAACAACGUUGGAGAUGAAGAACCAACCCCUUCUUUAAAAAAAUUCAAGCGUCGAAAUUAUGAUUUAUAUAAAUCUGAAGAUAAUAUUAUGUAAAUGAUAUAUUUUUAAGGAUUUAUGUAUAUGUUAUUAAUUUAUAUUGUUAUCAAUUGGAUGUUUUCACAAAAUUAUUUAUUUUUUGACUAGUAAAUCUCUGGAUAUUACUAAAGAACAUUUCCAGUUGUCUUGUUGUUUUAGUAAAUUACAUUUUGUUACAAAUAGCUUUAUUUUCUUUUGUAUAAAGAUAAAACUAUUUUGAUUGUUGCUAUAUUUCAGGUUUUUUUUUAUUGAAUGUUUUUUGAAACUAUAUGAUUGAAAAGCUACAUAUGAUUUUUAUAGUAAUUUCCAUGUGAUUAAAACUGAAUUCUUAAACUUUAAAAUAUUUAAAUACUAGCUGGUACCCAGUGUGCUGCUGCUGCAGAAGAAAUAAUUUUGGAAAUGUCGUUUGAAAGUUGGAAUAGCUAUCUUGUUUAAUUAGGAAUAGUAGAAAGAAUGAUACUUAUUUUCUUAUCGACAAUACAUUCAAUGAAAUUAAAUAACAUUUAAAGGAGAAGUAUAAAUAAUAUUUAUUUUAUUUUAUUUAUUUUUUUGCUUUAUUAUUCAAGUAUAGGGUAGAAAAUAUUUUUUUCCAUCUUCAGCAAACACAAAUACAUUUUGUGGCUGUCUGACUCAUGAGCAUUCAACUUACAACUAGCCAUAUGAAAAACAUGGAUUUUCUAAGUUCAACGCAAUAAAUUGGCAAAAUUUUAUUGUAAUCACAUGAAUGGUAUGGCAUCAUAUAAAAUAUGAACAAACAAAAAUUCAUUUUUAUAUAUUAGAUAUAAUAAUUGUACUAUGCUUAUAACCUUUUUGCAAGUGCAAGCUAUAAGUUGGCCAAGUUUUAUUGCCAUUGGAUGAACAGUAUGGCAGCACAUAAAAUACAAACAAAAAUUCAUUUUUAUAUAUUAGAUAACAAUUAGAUCUAACAAAAUACAAUCCUAGUAAAACAAUACAAUUAGAUCUGUGCUGAGGGAGAAAAAUCAAGUUUAAUAUUAAAAUUAAUUAGGUUUUAAGUGAUUUUAAAAUAUUUAAUUUCUAUUUCUUGUGGUGAAUAAAUCUCGUUACAUCAUUAGAACAAUCUAUAGUUUAAAUAAGUUAUUUGUUUUAAAUGAAUCUGAAAUUAAUUUAUGAUUGGUACUUUUCAUUUUAUUGCAUUUCCUCUCCCAUCAUUAUUUAUAUGUAUUUAAAUCAUUAUAUAUAUAUAAAGAUAUCAUUUAAUAUAAUUUAAAUUUUAAUUUAUUUUCCAGUUUAUACCUUAAUUUAGCAUAUAUUAACUUCAUUCUAAAAUGUUCUUUUAUUUCCUGAUCCAAUUCUCACUUUUUAUUUAAUUAUUAACAUAUGUUCUAGAAAACUGAUGGCUUCAGCAUUGUCUCAUACUCUGAGUUAACCUUCUCGCAAUUUCCACAGGCAAAGUAAAAGUAGCAAAAUUUGCGCAACCCACAAUUUCUUCGGGUUGCAUUUUUUUCAUCUAUUUAGCUAUGCAGCCAACUCUUUUCUCAUUCAUUGUUUCAUUUCAGUUAUUUUUGUUUCAUUCAGAUCUGGAUUAACAGAUAAUGUUAGUUGCCAAGGUUCUGCAAAAUAUAGAAGCUUGUUUUGCUCUAUCUCUCUGUUUACACACUCUUUUCAAAGCUCAAAGAUGUUUGGCAGAAAUCGUUUGCAAUUUUUGAACUUAUAUUGGUAAAAGAAUUAUGCAGCGAGAGGGUUAAGGGAUAAACGCUUAAAACAUUCUUUUAAAGGUACCUUAUAUUCUCUUUUCUUUCCGAUAUGAAUUUCCACGAGUCUAAGAAAUUCUUUUCAAAAUCUCAUAGUAAAAUCACUGAAGAGAAAAAUUUCUUUCUCUUUUGGUCUUGUGUCAUGAUGUAGAUUGAAGUAUCUCUGAUCACUUUUUCUUUGUACAAAUUAUGCUUCUUAGGAUGAAAUAAAUCGAAGUUAAAAUUCCAAAAGUUUCUU